AUCGGAAGACUUGUGGGUAUAAAACAAGGAUUAUGCAAAAAGGCUUUAGAUGUAAUAUAUGUAGGUGUGGCUUGUGUGCCUCCUCAAAUCAUCCGUGCCAUGCAAAUGUUCUUAUUUAGUACCUGCACCUGUGAAGAGAUUGAGAGGCAACCCUGCUUUAUGGUUUAAUUUCAACAGUGUACUGACUGAACCAGGACAUAAUGUUUUCACAAGAAAAGGUCAAUUUAAUAUUGGCACAUUCUUGGAAAACACCACAAUCAGCAUGAAAAAACACUGGGGACCUCUGGGGACUUGUGAAGAAAGAAUGGGGACUGCAUGGAGAGAAAAUUCUAGAUAAGUGUCAGGCUUUGCAAAAACCAUCAGAGCAACUGAACAUCUAAUUUUAAGUCCAUGGCACGCUCAAGAUGCAAUGGAAAGAUCCUAUGUCUGUGUCUCUUGCCUUGUGUGAUGGUAAGUCACCUGUUGGUGUACAUCAUGGUGUCCAUAUUUGUAGCCGUCUCCAACUCCCCUCCCUUACCGCAGCUGCCGCGCCAUUUCAUUGCCACCGGAGCCUCCACAAACUCGGGAGCUCUUGCAUCCCAUCCAGUUCAGCCCUUCUGGAAACUCGAACUAGAGGACGGGGCACUGUGGAACCGCCUCCAGCACAUUUGGGACAGAGAGCACAACCCUAUAUUGAGAGGCAAUGGAACGAGGUCCAAAGGUCAAAGCCAUGAUACAAUACAUCUGCAAGAGACGGGUAAAACUGGUGCCUGUAAACAAGACUCAGCUUGGGCAUCUCACAUGCCUGACUUUAACACCCUUCCUGAUCAAAUGAAGGAUUUUGUUCUGUCCAUGCACUGCAGGCAUUAUGCUAUUCUUGUGGACCCACCCAACCUGUGUUCUGGGCAAGAGUCUUCAACCCCGUUCCUUCUGAUGGCAAUCAAAUCGCAAGUCGGGAACUUCGAAAACAGGCAGGCCAUCCGAGAGACGUGGGGAAGGAGCGGCUGGAUCCAAGGGGACAGUGGAGGAAGAAGAUGGUUAGUACGCACUGUCUUCUUGCUUGCAAGGCAGGACACAGAGACAGGGCCUCAUCCAGACCUGAGCGCCCUGUUGAAGUUGGAGAGCAGCACCCAUAAGGACAUCCUCCUUUGGGACUUCAAAGACACUUUUUACAACCUCACCCUGAAGGAUGUCCUUUUCUGGGACUGGCUUUCAAAGCAUUGCUCUCAUGUCCACUUCAUUUUCAAGGGAGAUGAUGAUGUGUUUGUCAGGACUAAGGCUCUACUGGACUACUUCAACAAUGUUGGAGUACAAAAGGUGCAUGGAAAUAAAAUGAAAGAACGGGAAGAUUUGGUUGUGGGGGAUGUCAUUGCCAAUGCCUGGCCCAAUCGGCAACCUGAUACUAAAUAUUACAUACCUGAAAGCUUCUAUAAAGGACCCUAUCCGGCCUAUGCAGGAGGCGGAGGGGUGGUUUACGCUGGUACUUUGGCUUUACGUCUACAGGAGGUGUCUCGAUGGGUCAGCUUGUUUCCUAUAGACGAUGUUUACUUAGGAAUGUGCCUUCACAGGCUCGGGGUGUCCCCCACUCAUCAUUCAGGUUUUCUUACCUUCGACCUUCCAGAGGACCUGAGGCAGAAGCCAUGUGCGUAUCAUAAUGUUCUCCUAGUCCAUAAACGCACCCCGCAAGAAAUGUUAACCCUGUGGAAGGAACUACAGGUUCCUCCUCAGGAGUGCUAGUGUACAAUCAUUUACAUUUAGUGUAAAUGAUGCCCUGGGGACCUGGACUUCAAAGUUAUUUUCAUAUUUACCGCAAGGUAUUUUCAUGCCUGUUGGGCAUGUUCAUUUGCAUACAAGGCCCUAAUUUUUCUGUGAUGUUGGGCUGUGCCCAGAGUUAUGUGUGCAGUGGUUAUUAUAAGGAGAUCAAAUUGGAAUGGCAAUAGACAAGAUACAAUUAGCAUACAACAUGGUUUACUUCGUAAGACGGGGUUUUUGGUAGAAUGGUUCUUGAUCUAUGGGAAUAAGCAUGUGAAAGAAUAUCUGGUGGACAAUUAUAGAGUAUCAUGUUGUUGUAGUUGUUAUUAUUUUACAGGAUUUAGAAGUUUGUGGCCCAAACUUAAGGGGUUUUGUCAUAAGAGAGUGAAUCAAAAAACAUAAUUCAACAUUGUAUUAAAAAAAAAUCUAUGCUAUAGGUUCAAAAACAAAAGCUUUACUAUUCUAUGUGAAGCAUUUCAGAGAGUUUGUAGAACUUCCUGUUUUUGGACUGUUAUUUUACACUUUGUAUAUGCAUUUCUGCUCUGUUCAGUGUCAGAUAUGUGUAAUUUUCUCUCAUUAGCGUAAGAUUUCCUGAUGUGGGAACAGCUGGAAAGAAUGAUUCAAGAGUAUCUGGACUCCAUCUUGGUGUAUAAGUGCUUCUCAGCAAAAUGAUGAAACCCCACAGACAUUGGUAACUGGUUUAGGCCUUGUGGGCCUAAUUAUAACCAGGUGUUGUUGGUGGCAUAAUCUGAAUUACAACAACAAAACAUUAUUAUGGGAAAUAAUGAAUGACAAUAACGAACAAUGGAUGAUUUAUUUGAUCAUUUAUCAUACAAUUGAUUUACACAACUUAUUAUUUUAUUAUUCAUUUAUCUGUUUCAUGAGAUUUAAUGGUAAUUGCAGUUUUAUGAACUCAGAGCUUUAUUGUUUGUUUCACUUAUUUUAAUGUAUUCAUUUUCAUACCUUUUAGUGUGUUUAAUAUA